UAGUCCCCGAGGGUCUCUACAGCCCAGUAGCUAAGUACUUCGGUACUAGCUUGAAAAUACGGAUGUAUAUUUAAUUGCUGUUAUAAAAUUUAGAAAUUCAUUUCAAAAUUAAGGAUUAUCUCCCUCAUGCAUAGCUCUUAUCCUUGGACGAAUUUGGCUCCACUUUUUUUGGCACGCUGUUUUUGGCUAUAUUUAGCUCUAAGACUUCAUAGUUAUUUCGGAUUUCAAACAUUUCGAUUGAGCAUCACUGAAGAGACAUUAUUUGUCGAAAUGCACAUCUGGUGCAUCAAAAUUGGUACCGUAUAAGUUUUACAUUGUGCACGGCACUGCGUCUUUCCCUCCUUUGGGAAGGGAUGCCAGCUAUCCUGCAACUACUCUAAAGAUCACUAAUUAUGAAAAAGGAUGCCCAAAAGGUGGAAGUUUAGAAGGUAUCAUCAUGGAAGUGGUAACAACACCUGCUCCAAAGACCAGGAUGACCCCUAACAUUUCCGUAUCACUAAGACAUGAUGCUAAUGUUAACAGAAGUUUUCCAUCACGAGACACUUCAUCCGUUCUAUCUACCACUCAUGACAUGCCUAAAGAUUAAUAUUCCAACUAAGAUUUGUUUAGAGCAGCGUAUCAUGGAAUAUUGUAACUGCUACUCGCCAUCAUUUGUUGGAUUAUGAACGUCCAGAUUCUGUUUUUGACUGCUUCCAUUGGUUAUAUUUGUGACUUGGCGUUGAUCAUCAGAAACUGAUAGCCGAGGAUGGUGAUAAUUUGGAUGGGAGGGAGACUGAUGGUGUCUUUGUUCAUUACGUUUUCCCUGCAGCUGGUCGGCGGAAAUGGUUUGUCGUGUGAUGGAUAUUUCAAAUGUUGCUAUGGGUACAAAUGGGAUAGAGAUACUGAAAAAUGUAUCCCCUGUGAGGUAGGGUAUUAUGGGAUAGAUUGUGCAGAGCCAUGUCCCUUCCCCUCCUUUGGAAAGGAAUGUCAGUUACUCUGCAACUGCUCUGAAUAUCAGUGCAAUCAUAAAAAAGGAUGCCCAAAAAGUGAUUGUGGACCAGGCUAUGUAGAUGACUUGUGUGACGUGAAAUGUCGGUAUCCAAGUUUUGGUUUAAGAUGUCAGGGUGAAUGUCUUUGUGAAAUGAAGAAGUGUGAUCCUGUAAAUGGAUGUCAGGGAAGUUUAGAAGGUAUUAUCAUGGAGGUGGUAACAACACCUGCUCCAAAGACUAGGAUGACCCCUAACAUUUCUACAUCUCAAGACAUGCCUACAGAAACGUCAAUUCAAAGUGACGCUGCAUCAAUAUGGAAUAAUUUGAACGAGAAGGAAAAAGGUAUGGUUAUCAGCAUUACGACGCUAGGACUACUGUUUCUUACCUUAACAGUCAUGUACAUCUGGGUAUAUCAUCGCAUUCUUGUAGAAACAAAUAAUCGUAGGAAAGCUACAGAAGAUUCAGAUGAAAAUUCUGCAGUAUGAAAAACGGGUAAUCUGUUAUAAGGUGUACUGUAUCGGGACAUGUUAUGGAAUGCUUGUAUUUGUAUUAAUCGAUGCUUUGUAAUUGAUAGACUUUUCAUGCUUUAUAUUCAUUAUUUUAUAUGUAAACUGUGACUUGCUGGUUGUCUUUCAAUUUAAAUAAUCAAAUUAGGAAUAUAAAUACAUGUAUAGGCCAGGAGAAACUGUCUAAUUUGUUUAAUGGUAAUAUAAAACAAUGAACAUAUGGUGUUAUUUGUUCGAGAUGGUGAUAUAUGUUCAAGAUCCACAGCCUUGAUUUUGCAAAUAUGCUAAAUUUUGAUUACAGCAUUCUGAAGUAGACAUCAGUUUCUUAUAUAUGUAGUUGUGAUCAGGCGACAUCGUUCUACAUAUCGUUUUAUAUUGACUCAAACCGAAUUAUUCAUGAAAUAAAGAUAUAUAUAUUUUGAAAUUUCCUUUUUACCCUUCGUUAUC